AGAACAAGAACAAGAAAAAGAAGAAGAAGAAGAAGAAGAAGCUGGCCGGCUAACGCACUGAAAGUACCAGAUGCUAUUCCAGCGGAGAGGGAGGACGAAUAAGCAAGAGACGGUGAUGGGUUCUCGUUUUCCUGACGGGUAACGUUACAUCUUCGCAAAAAAAAACAAAACAAAAAAAAAACCACGGAUACAGCGAAGUGAGGGGGACUUGCUUCGCUUGUUCUGCACCUCCGUUUCUGUGACAUUGGGUCUGAAAUGCUAGCGCAGUCGCGGUCUCGGCCGUCGAGCAGCUUCUGGGCCGCAGCUCGGCACACCGAGCCCGAAUCCUAGAAGUGGCUAGCUAGCUGUCUGCUAGCCGCAGCUGUGCCCGAUGCUGCCGCUGCUGCGGCGGCUGCUGCUGCUAAACGGAUCCGAAAGACAACACAAGCGGUUCAGGGACCUGGCGCUGAGUGAGCUUUCGUUUUACCUCACUGGACUACAGCGGGCACUUGAGAUGUGAUGCUUUUGUGCGUAGUAUUUGAACCUUUUGUAGCCGGAGGCUCUCGCUUGCUUGACGCGAAAGAGCUAAUGUUGCUGCAAAAUGCACAGUGGAACCACAACAGCAGGCUCCUGCUGAAGGGGGCGAGGUUAGACUGAUAGGAGCCCACCCUGUGUCUCUCAACACUCGUGGUCACAUUUGGACAACGACCACCACUUUUUGCCCCUCGUCGAUCACCGUUUCAUCAGCUGGCGAUAUGGAUAAACUAACGAUCAUUUCAGGGUGCCUAUUUCUGGCAGCAGAUAUCUUUGCAAUAGCCAGCAUUGCAAACCCAGACUGGAUCAACACGGGUGAAUCAGCAGGUGCCCUUACAGUCGGUCUAGUCCGGCAAUGUCAGACCAUCCACGGACGAGACCGGACCUGUAUCCCACCACGGCUGCCCCCGGAGUGGGUCACCACGCUUUUCUUCAUCAUCAUGGGCAUCAUCUCCCUCACAGUCACCUGUGGACUGCUGGUGGCAUCACACUGGCGCAGAGAAGCCACCAAAUAUGCCCGCUGGAUUGCCUUCACAGGCAUGAUCCUCUUCUGCAUGGCGGCACUCAUCUUCCCCAUAGGCUUCUAUAUCAACGAAGUGGGAGGCCAGCCGUACAAGCUGCCCAACAACACAGUGGUCGGCUCCUCGUACGUGCUGUUUGUCCUCUCCAUCUUCUUCACUAUAGUGGGACUGCUGUUUGCUGGCAAAGUUUGCCUCCCAGGCUGAGGACUCGACCGUGCCCGCCUCUGGACUGACACAAGAGGCUCUGAAAAUUUAAUGGGAUUUACAAAAACACACAAUAACUGAAAAUCAAAAACAACAAACUCUGGCCUGAAGCCUGGAACAGGGAAGGCUCUGCUUAUGUGUCAAGGGACCGCAGCACCAUCGAGUACCUAACUACUAAGUUGAAAAUGAAUAAACGAACAAAAUACUAAAGUGGGACUCGGGCACAAAGGGGUGAAGGAGUGUGAGAGAGGGCAGCUGAGGCUGUCGCAGCCCCCCGCCACUGUUGAUCUAAAAUCCGGCCGUCUCUCUGUGGUUGUUCUGUUGGAAAAGGGUGCUUAAUGUGCCGCUGUCAUGGCAACCGUGGCCAAAACCCUGGCGCACAUUGCUUUGAGGACCACUACAGCCACUCCUCAACUUGACUCCUGGCCGCCUGCCCUACCGCCCUCAGCACACAUCUGCACCGUCAUGACCGCUCCUGAUGCUAUUUUGGGCUUCUCUUAGCUAUUUCAGUUGUGUGUUUUUCUGUUGUUGUACAUUUUGUGUUCUUUUUUUUUUUUUUUUUCUUUUUUCUUUUUUUCUUUUUUUUCCUUCCACCCCCACCGCCUCCCCACUGAAGUAGUUUGAGUGUAAUUGAGGUUCACUGAACUAAACCCUUGAGGGAUAUUUGGGGGG